AUGGAAACGCGACAGUCAUCUCAAUUACAAGUCGCCAUUGUCGGCGGGGGCAUCAUUGGGCUAAUCACAGCCCUAGGCCUCCUGAAACGAAACGUGCCCGUCAAGAUCUACGAGCAAGCACGCUCCUUUCGUGAAAUCGGCGCCGGUGUGGCCUUCACGGCAAAUGCAUUAAAAUGCAUGUCUCUUCUAGAUCCCGUCAUAGUUGACUGCGUCAAUGCAGUAGCUACCCCUAACGGCGAAGACAUUGAUAAGCCUAACGACUAUCUGCGUUAUCAUGACGGCUACAACUGGGACCCGAAUGAUGUUGAAAGCACCGAUGAUAAGUUGUUAUUCUUGUUAUACUCUGGCUACAAGGGCUUCCAAGGUUGUCACCGCGCGAACCUCCUUGAUGAGCUAGUCAAGUCCAUCCCAAGCCAUGCCGUCGAAUUCGGGAAGCGGUUUACGGGAUACAAGGACAGGGGGCCAAAGGAGCCUAUCCCCUCCCCCUUCUUUUUUCACGACGCCGACCUUAAGCUAACUGUGAAACUCAUUACAGUCAUCGGCUGCGAUGGCAUCAAGUCCAAGGUCCGGCAACUCCUCCUCGGGGAAGAGAACCCAGCGUCCUACCCGCACUUCACGCACAAGGUCGCGUACCGCGCCCUGAUCCCCAUGGACCAGGUCGAGCCGGUGAUCGGGACGUUCAAGUCGCGCAACCAGCACAUGCACAUGGGGCCGCGGGCGCACAUCCUGCACUUCCCCGUGGCCGCCGGCAAGCUGCUGAACGUGGUCGCCUUCGUCACGGACCACAGCGACUGGCCGCUCGGCGACCCCAACGGCGUCGGCAACAUGACGAGCGCCGCGACGCGCGAGGACGUCGCGGCCGCGUUCGAGGGCUGGGGCCCCACCGUCCGCAAGAUCGUCAGCCUGCUGCCCGACAACAUCGACAAGUGGGCCAUCUUCGACACGUACGACCACCCGGCGACGACGUUCGUGCAGGGGCGCGUAUGCCUCGCCGGCGACGCCGCGCACGCGUCCGCGCCGCACCACGGGGCCGGCGCGGGAAUCGGGGUCGAGGACGCGCUGGCGCUGUGCACGCUGCUGGAGAAGGCGAUGGGGACGAUCGCGCAGAGCCCGCAGAUGGACCGGUCGGUCGUCAUCGACGCGUCGCUGCAGAUCUACAACGACGUGCGCCCGCCGCGCAGCCAGUGGCUCGUCCAGAGCAGCCGCGAGGUCUGCGACAUCUACGAGUGGGUCUACCCCGGAACCCAGCGGGACUGGGACAAGUGCCUGGGGGAGAUCACGGCGAGGUCGCACAAGUUGUGGUAUUUUGACAUCGAGGGCAUGCUGGAGCAGCUUCACAAUGGGUACGAGAGCCACUUUCCGGCGAUGGUGGAUUCGUCGUCCGAGGGGGUACGUGUGGAUAUGAAAAAUAAGGUGAUCCCCGUAGUCAGCUAG